AAGGGGCGGUGCUUCGUGGGCGGGGCUGGGGGCGUGUCGGCGGCGCGGGGCGCGGCAGGCGCUGCCAUGGCGCUGAACCUCAGCAAGAACGGGCGGGCGCUGCAGGAGGCCUACGGGCGGGUGGUGGCGGCGGGAAGCCCCACCGAUUGGGCUCUGUUCACCUACGAAGGCAACAGCAACGACCUGCGUGUGGCUGGCUCCGGAGAUGGAGGCCUGGAGGAGAUGGUCGAGGAGCUCAACAGCGGGAAGGUGAUGUACGCCUUCUGUAGAGUGAAGGAUCCCAACUCCGGCCUGCCCAAAUAUGUCCUCAUCAACUGGACUGGUGAAGGGGUGAACGACGUGAGGAAAGGAGCCUGCGCUAACCAUGUCAGCACCAUAGCAAGCUUCCUAAAGGGGGCUCAUGUCACCAUCAACGCUCGCGCAGAGGAGGAUGUGGAGCCUGAACUCAUCAUGGAGAAGGUUGCCAAGGCCUCCGGGGCCAACUACAACUUCCACAAGGAGAGCAGCAAGUUCCAGGACUCGGGUCCUCAACCUCCCGUGGGCUCCGUCUACCAGAAGACGAAUGCAAUGUCUGAAAUCAAGCGAGUCAAUAAAGAUAAUUUCUGGGCCAAAGCAGAGAAAGAUGAAGAAAACCGCCGGCUGGAGGAAAAGAGGAGAGCAGAGGAGGAGCGGCAGCGGCUAGAGAGAGAGCGGCGGGAGAGGGAGCUGCAGGAAGCGGCGGGGCGAGAGCAGAGAUAUAAAGCAAGAUCCAAUGAAAUUGAAGCCCAGAAGAGACUCAAGCAGCAGCAGGAAGCGGAGAACAGGGACAAGGAGCAGCAGCAAUGGAAGGAGCAAGUGGAGGAGUAUGAGGCCAGACAGCGGAGAGGCUUUAAGAGGAGUGAGUCGGUGGAGAAAGCCCAGGAGGCGGCGUCGCUGAUCGCGCAGCGGGCGGUGAACCCCCGGGACAUCUUCAAACAGAGGGAGAAGUCAGCACCAACAGAUGCGGUGACUGUUUCCCAGCCAGGCAAGCUUCGCAGCCCUUUCCUGCAGAAGGAGGUGAACUCAGUGCCAACUCCGGCCUCUCCCAUCUCUCCUGCACGGGAUGCUGCUUCCCCAGCCUCCUUUGCCCAGUCCUCUGCCUGGGGGACACCUCCAGCCUCUCCAGCAGCCACAGCAGGGCGUGACGCUGUGUACAGUUCAAGCAUCCCGGCUUCCCAUGUGGAAGAGGCAAAUCUCUACGAGGAGCCACCAGAGCCCUCAGCCAUCUAUGAAGAACCCCCUCAGGAACAAGUUGACAAUGCCAAAUACAACUACUCGGAGUACCAGCAGACGCCGGAUCUGACAGGGAAGGGGCUGUGUGCUCGAGCGCUCUACGACUACCAGGCUGCUGAUGACACUGAGAUCUCGUUUGACCCGGAGAACAUCAUUACCAACAUCGAGAUGAUCGAUGAAGGCUGGUGGCGCGGCUAUGGCCCUGAUGGCCACUUUGGCAUGUUCCCGGCCAACUAUGUGGAACUGAUCGAGUGAGGGGGCUGGUGGGGACCAGAGCCACUCCAUCCCCUCCAGGACCACUCGGUUCCUGCCUGAUUCUUCCAAACGAUACGUGGCUUUUCUUCCUCCUUUUCUCUUUCUUUCCAAGUGAAGUGCCAUCGCCCUGCUCCGUCAGUGGCAGGGCUGACCCUGGCACUGCUCUCUCCCAUCCCUCAUAGGCGGCCCUCAGUCAGGAUGAAGGGUUCCAUCCCCUCCUGAGCCCCUGCAGUGCUGAUCUUCUCUUCCCUCUGGUUUGGAGCAGGCAUUCUCUUUCAGGGCUAAAGGAGGGGAUGAUAAAUCCCAGAUGAAGAAUUUUCAGGGAACAAAUUGCCUCUCCCCCCCCUCAACGCUUCCUCCAGCCCUGUGGCCUCAGAACCUGCACAGCCACGGUGGAGAAACCUCUUCCCAUUUCCACUAUGGAUUGAUUUUUAGCAUCCCAUGGGCUCCGCCAUCAUGUCUAGAGCUCAAACCCAGCUCCAGAGUGCUGCCAUCACCCCUCGAGCACCCAGAGCUGGCGGUUGCCACUGAUAUCCCUGGGUUUUCUUCCCUGCUGUUCCCACUGGAGGGGUUUUCUCUGCCUUUCCCUCUCCCCAAACCAUGCUCCAAGGAUUUCAACCACAUGUGAGCCGAACUCCUGUGAGGCCAAAGCACGGGGGGUUGGUGUUAUUUUUUUAGCGAAACCUGUGAGUGUGGGAUCUCUUUCUCCCCUCUUUUCCCCCAAAUUCACUGUGAACAAGGAAGAGCCGAGCCCUGCUGCCCGUUUUCCCCCUUGUUGAGUUCCUUUCCUUGUUGUUGCUUUGGAAGGAGCAGGAGGGGAUGGGGAUUGGAGAUGCCAGGGCCUGGGGACACGGUGGCUUCUCCUCCUUGGUCUCCCUUGGGUUCCUUUCCCACCACUCGCUCCUCCUGUGCUGUCCCCAUCUCUCCCAGCAACAAUAAAAAAGGGCUUUUCUUUGGUGA